AUGGGUGCUACUGGUUCCGCUAUCAAACAGAUGUUCCCCGGCAAGCCUCAGUGGACGGCGGACAACAUUCAGGACCUCCAUGGAAAGGUCGUCAUUGUCACUGGCGGCAACACCGGUGUGGGUAAGGAAACCGUGAAGGAGCUUCUGAAGCAUAACGCCAAAGUCUAUCUCGCUGCGCGCAGCGCCGACAAGGCGACUCAGGCCAUCGAAGAACUCAAGGCGGACACGGGUAAAGAGGCUACCUUCCUCAAACUUGACCUCGCAGACUUGCGCUCCGUUAGGACUGCCGCCGAGCAGUUCUUGUCGAAGGAGAAGAAUCUCCACAUACUGUUCAAUAACGCCGGUGUUAUGGGCUGCCCUAUGGACCAGUUGACCGCUCAAGGUUAUGACAUGCAACUGGGCACAAACGUUAUCGGCCACUAUCACUUCACCACUCUACUUCUUCCAGCGCUCGAGGCAGCCUCUGCUUCGGGGGAGAAGGCUCGCGUUGUCAAUACGUCCUCUUCAGGAGCUUACCUAGCGAGGGACUUCUUCUACGACUCCGCGAAGGACGGCCCCGUGCGCAGGAAGCACAAUCCGACUGACAUGUAUCUCUCCAGCAAACUCGGCAAUGCGCUGUUCGCGCGCGAGUUUGCGAAGCGCUACGGCGACAAGAUCGUGUCUACCGCUGUCAAUCCAGGCAACCUCAGGACCGAGCUUCAGCGCCAUAUGCCGAAAUGGCAAGACGCCAUACUUAACCUCAUCUUGUUCCCCGCUCCCUUCGGCGCGAUCACUCAGCUUUGGGGUGGCACGGCACCGGAAGCCGCAGAUUGCAAUGGAAAGUUCCUUGUCCCUUGGGCUCGUGCGGGACCUCUUCCGCCUCUGGCGAAGGAUCCUGCGGCAGGAGAGAAGCUUUGGAAGUGGCUUGAGGAGCAAUGCAAGGGCUUCUAG